CCGACUAAAGUGUAUCAGCAGAUCGAUCGGUCUCAUUUGACUUUAUCUGUUUAUCAUGUAUACAUAUAAGCCUAUAUAUGCAACUCGCUAAAAACGAUUGUCACGGUAGAUAUCACAUGUAUUGGACAGCAAACAUACCUUGUCACGCCUCACGCAUUUAUGUGUUUGUUUUCAAACGCUUUGAGCUUUAGCUUGUAUCACAUGCGUACAGUUAAAACAUUCAAGUGACAAGAUGGCAGACAACAUAUCGAAUGUGAAAGUAGGCAGGGAAGGCCUACUGAAGAAAUUAGAGGAAUGGGGCAUCGAAAGCACGACCAUUGAACAUCCAGAGGUUUUUACAGUAGAACAGGCACUUCCCCACAUUUCUCACCUUGAAGGGAUGUUUGCCAAGAAUUUGUUUCUGCGGAGUAAAAAGAAGACACUGUAUCUGUUUUGUGCCCCCCACAAUGCCGACAUUAAACUGAAUGACCUUGCUAAGCUAUGUGGUGUCUCAGGAGGACUACGUUUUGCAGAUGAGUGUGUGUUAGUGGAAAAGCUAGGACUACGACAGGGCGCUGUAACCUUGUUUGGACUUAUCAAUGACCAGGCUAAGGAUGUGACACUAGUGUUGGACCGACGGGUCCUAGAUGGCACAUUUACUAAGAUUUACUUUCACCCUAUGGUGAAUUCUGCCUCUACUGCCAUCUCUCCAGCAGGCAUACAGGCCUUCCUCGAACAGACAGGACACCAACCGCUCAUUGUAGAUCUAAAAACCUCUGAAGAAUCCCAAAACUGAUUUCAAUUCAUUUUAGUUUAUACAAUUCAUUUGGAAAUAACUUUUUCAUACCAACUUCAUACCUUUUUUUUGUGCACUUGUGUUUUAAAACCUUUCAUUAUUAAUUCAUGACACCAAUCUGAUCAUAUGCCAGGAUAAAAAAAAAAUCAGAGUCCGGAUAAUUGCUGAAAUGAUUUAGACUGCUAAAAUGACAAAGCAAUUAUUUCUGAAGAGGAAAAGAGCAUUUUAUCAACUUUCUUUUUAUAUAUGCACUGUAUAUGCUUAUUAUUUCUACAUUUCAUGUUAUAAAGUUCUGAUAAACUAAAUAAUUAUGUACUUGUAUAGAAGUUCAUAUACAUGUAGCACACCCAUUAAUUGAUAAUGUGUGACGUUUUGAUGAUGUACUCUGUCACCUUCAUCAGACAAAUGACUGGGGGAGGGUAUGUAAACAAAGAUGUUAAAUAAAUACCAGUUGGCAACAAUUUUGUUAUGUUUACACAUCAAGAAAUAGGAGACAAAUCUAUAUUAGCUGAUAAGGGCAAAGCAAUAGUGGUCGUAGGCAUAGACAAUCAUGAGGGCCGUGACUACAGGACAACAAGACAUAUACAUAGCUUCAGGCCAAUCCAACUCAAAAGUUGAAAAGGCACCUCAUAGCCAUCCUCUCCAAAUCCAUACUAAGAGAACCAGAUUACUGAAUCCUGAUACAGGUAUCUGUAUUCCACUACAGAAAACACCCCUAAAAUGUACUGUAAACACACCAAUGAUUCAUAAAUGGGAAACCACUAAGACCAAUUGUGGACUGUACUGGGUCUAUUAGUUAAAAUGUUCCCACGUCGUUAGCAGACAUUUUUAGACCAUGUCAAGAACUGUUUCCAAGAUACCAUCUAUUAGCAACUCUAUGGCACUGCUAUGGGUAGUUCAGUGUCUCCCAUUGUGGCCAAUUCAUUCAAGGAACACCUGUGGCUGAAGCAAGAAGCAAUACUGCCACUGCCCCCAUGGUUUGGUUUGGUUUUAUAGGGUUAAACGUACUACUAACAGCUAGGGUCAUUGAAGGAAGU